AUGAGUUUUUGGAUUAUCUUUGGUGUUUGGGCUUGGUCUAUCACAACAUGGUUCUACGGAGGGGCAUCUCAGAGUAGUGAAAGCAGUAACACAGGUAAUGGAGUUAAUACGGGCUUGCUAAAUCGUUGAAUGACACUUUGUUCGCUUUUUUGUCAGUUUUAUGACCAAUACUUUUGACCAAUACUAACGAUUAUUUUCGUGUACAAUAUUAUAGGUAGUUGUAAAGUAUUAUGAUAUUAUUUUAAGUUUUAGGCCCUUCAAAACCAAUUACAAAUCCUAACCCGGGUGGCCAGGAGGUUCAAAAGAAGAAGGAUGACAGUGUAAGUAUUACGUUAAAUGUGGGUUUUAUAAUGAUAUUUAGUUCCGUUGAAUACAUAAGUUAUAAAAGUUAACAUGUUUUACUGUUAAAUUAAUUUUAGGCUGAAAUGGAAAGUAUUGAAGUAGCGUCGUUUGCUGGAUAUUCACCAUCAAAUCGAAGAAGGCGAGGUAAAUAUUUUUGAUAUUAUUUUUAGUUAAAAUUGGACACCUGCCUCAACACGACUAAUUAUAAUAUUUUGAUGUUAUUCUGUUAAUAACGAUUAUAAUAAUCAGUUUUGAUACAACACGAUUGCAGCGAGAAGAAAGAGUUCAUCUGGGGCGUCAGUGAAGGAGUUGUUGUCGAGGAAAGAAUCCAAGGCUUCAGUCGAGGAAGAGAUCGGAAAAGAGAAGGAAUUGCCAAAGUUAGAGAGAACUGAGCUGCCCUCCCCCAGAAACACCCCUUCGGCUGUCACCCCGCCCUCGAAACCGGCUGAGAAGGAAAAUCAGAAAGACACUGAAGGUAGUCGUUGA